AUGCCCAACCCCCACACCAUCGUGUCGCAGAUUCCUCCUACUGCUACACAUUUCUCCGUGGUAGAUCUGGCAAAUGCUUUUACGUCUGUUCCUGUUCAUCCAGACAGCCAAUUCUGGUUCGCUUUUGAGUUCAAUGGGAAACCAUACACUUGGACCCGGCUUCCCCAGGGGUACUGUGAGUCCCCCACAAUCUACAAUGAGGCCACACUGGCCCUCCUCCUCCAUCUUCAUUCUGAGGGUCAUAAAGCCAGUCUGCGUAAACUACAGUUCUGCCAGCCUCAAGUCAUCUUUCUAGGGCAUCACAUUUCUGCCACCACCAAGGCCCUGACCCCUAAACGGAUUGAGGCCAUUCAGAAAGCACCAAAACCUGUUACCAAGAAACAGCUGAUGUCAUUUCUAGGUAUGCACGGCUCUCACAAGCGCCCGGUGGCCUAUUACUCUUCCAAGCUCGACUCUGUUGCUGCGGGUCUUCCUGGCUGUCUGAGAGCUGUGGCUGCAUAUGUCGCUGUAGUGAAAUGUCAAGCUCACACUAAAGACACUUCCUCUGUUGCCCGUGGCAACGCCUUGGCCGACCAGGCUGCUAAGCAGGCAGCUCUCUCAGCCUCUCCGCACAUUCUCACCUCUUCUCCUCUCACAGAAGAGGAUCACUCUCCUCCCUGUUCUCUACAGGACAUCCAGUCUUUUUCUACUCCAGAGGAACGCUCUGUCUGGAAGACUAACUCCUGCACCCCUGAUUCUGCAGGCGGAGCAAUUGAAAGAGAGAACGCCACUUUAAAAGGUAACAAAAAGUUGUGUAAAGUGAGGAAGCCGACACUUCGCUGGUCUGAAACUGUGCUCCUGAAACUCUUGCUGUUCUUCAUCUCUCUGACCACCAUAGCCAUCAACUUGCUCGUCAUCAUCUCAGUCUCCCACUUCAGGCAGCUUCACACACCUACUAACAUCCUCAUCCUCUCUCUGGCUGUUUCUGACUUACUUGUAGGUCUUGUGUUGAUGCCAGGAGAAAUCUUUAGAUACACAUCCUGCUGGAUUUUUGGGGAUAUCAUGUGUACCAUAUUUUUGUAUAUGAUCCUGCAAACUCUCACAACUUCAGUCAACACAAUUGUUAUUAUAUCAUGUGAUCGCUAUACAGCUAUAUGUUACCCUCUGCAUUACUCCAAAAUAAUCACUUUAACAAGAGCGAAAUACUGUGUUUGUCUUUGUUGGCUUUGGUCUUUUGUUUAUAAUAUUAUCUACAUGAAAGACAAGCUGAUACAACCAGGCGUGGGUAAUUCCUGCUUUGGAGAAUGUGUGCUUAAAUACACUUAUAUUACAGUCACUGUUGAUCUUGUUUUGAUCUUCAUAUUUCCAGUUACUCUGAUCAUAGUUCUGUACAUGAGAGUAUUUGUGGUGGCUGUGUCUCAGGCUCGCGCCAUGCGCUCUCACAUUACAGCUGUUACAGUCCACCAUGCAGUGACUUUAUCAAAGAAAUCUGAGCUGAAAGCAGCCAGGACUCUUGGUAUUCUUGUCAUUGUAUAUUUAUCAUGUUUAUGCCCAUUUUACUGUUACUCUCUUGUUGAUGUUAACAUGAUGAAUCCUACAGUUGCAACCUGUUUGUCAUUUCUGUUUUAUUUUAACUCCUGUCUAAACCCACUGAUCUAUGCUCUGUUUUACCCCUGGUUCAGAAAAGCAAUUAAAUUCAUUGUCACUCUGCAGAUCCUGCAACCUGGAUCCCGAGAGACCAAUAUACUGUAG